UGUGGGCGGGUUCUGAGUAGGCAUGAGUUCGAAAUUUAAAUUACUCCCGAUUUUUGAGCUAGACCUGGCAACCCUUCAUCUACUCUUGUCCUGUGCGUUUGGUAGUCGAGCGAGCAGUAGUUUUCAUUUCAGACCCAAAAGAGUUUUAAAAAUCUCACCCAACAGCUUUAAAAAAAAGUAAAAUAUGCCAAGGAAGUGUGUUGUUGCUGGGUGCAGUAAUACCCAUAAGGACGGGGUUACGACUCAUUUGUGGCCCAAAAACGACAAGCUCGCAUUGAAGUGGGAUCGGUUUGUCCGGUUGACGCGAGUGGAUUGGAUUAAGGGAACCACGGCCACUACUGUAUGCGGUGCUCAUUUCACCCCGGAGGACUUCGAUGGCUAUAACCAGUGGAAGGCAGGAUUCGGAAUGAGACUCCGACUGAAACCAUGUGCUGUGCCGACUGUGCAUGUGAAGCCUGCCAUUGCAACCUCGGUUUCUGACCAACCAAACAUUACGUCAAGAACGUCAUCAGUAAUGAAGAUAAACCGGGUGGAAAACGUGACGUUGGACGUGAUGACAAAAUAUGAGGGAUGUCAAUAUGAAACAACAACAUGCAACAUUACAGUACCAUCGCCUCCAAGAUGCGCAGUGGUACCGCUAAAACACAACGUGUCAACACAGGCUUAUUACUACAGAGAAGAAAAGAAAAACAAAGCCGUCCAAGUCUGGCCAAUCCGGAAGAAUGUCGGAGUCAAUACUUCCUUUACGGAGGACAUACCAUGGAAGGAAGUGAACCGUUUACACUCUGUUGCGGUGUACAUGGCCAGGAAGUACGUGGUCUAUGAAGACUGCCUCCUUCCAUUGUUCAAGACUUGUCCGGUCUGUCGCAGCUCCUGCAGCAUCGACAAGUUCAUCCAAGAUACCCUGCUCACCAUCAACCAGUUCUGCAACCACUGUGACCACCGGAGCCAAUGGAAGAGCCAGCCCUUUAACCUCCCAGCUAGAUACCUGUCCUCUUCAGCAGCUGCAACAUCGACUGGCACAACGGAUGCUUCGAUUGGCAUAACAACUGGCACAUCCACUGACGCUCUGACUGACUCCUCCACUGGCCCAACUUGCACCUUCAAUUCUCAGACCCUGAAGACAGCGGAGGACGGUGAUCUUUUGUUGGAGAAUUACGAUGGCGAUAUUUGCAACAAGGGUCUGGAGGACGUGUUUGAGACAACCUUCUGUAUGCAUGACGACGUCAAAGCCAUGAAGAAGAUAUGUCAACGUCAGUCCUUGGAGGAGGAGGAGGAACAGGAGGAGACUAAGGAGGAGGAGGAACAGGAGGAGACUAAGGAGGAGGAGGGCUCCGAUGUGGAGUGGCAACCUGAGGUUGAGUUAAGUGCUCUUCUAGCCUCAGAUUCCGAAUGGGAUUCCCGAGCGCUCUGCCCGGAUUGUGGCACGUUUAUCAAAGGCUCCAAGGCUCACGUCUGCGAGCAUGCCAAGCCGUUUGUCUGCCAGGACUGUGGCAAGCGGUUUGUUAACGAGACCUCUCUCAACAGUCACCGAAUAAUCCACAAGCCAGGCUACGUGCACGGGUGCAAGUACUGCCUCAAGCCAUUCCAGAGCAGGCCGGAGAAGCUGAGGCACGAGGAGUGUCACCCGAGUGUAGAAAAGACCUACGAAUGCCCCGACUGCGCCAUACGAUUCAGUGACAUUAAAGCACGGGACGGCCACCUUCAAAGCCACAGAGGGCCCACAUGGUACAUUUGCGACAUCUGCAAAAUGGAGUUUACAAGGAGUAGCUACCUGGAAAGACACAUGCUAGUCCACAGCGGGGAGAAGCCCUACACAUGCCCAGAGUGCCAGCACUCCUUCAACCAGGCGAGCCACCUCAAGUCUCACAUGCGCCUUCACACGGGCGAGAGGCCGUACAAGUGCCAGCAUUGUGACAAGUACUUCAACCACAACGUGAGUCUGAAAAGCCACGUCCAGCGCUACCAUCCGGACCCUGCCUCUGGGAUCAAGGAGAAGAAACGGGAGCCAGUCUCAAACUCAGACACUCUGACUGAACAACAGCUAGUUGUUCAGUCAGAGGAGAGUCGAAAGACAAAUACAGGGUCUGGGCAGGAAAGAGUGAAGAGGGUAGGGAGGAAGAGGAAACGCCUGACCUUUGACCCUGAGGAGUUGGGGGAGAGUGAGCGCAACAGUGACUCAGACUUCAACCCAGGGGCAGAAGAGGGCAGUAGUAACAAGACUACAGGCAGACCAAUAGGCAGGCCGAGAAUGAGACCAAGGACCACCAGAGAUGUAUACGGGAAGUGUGACUAAAGCAUGAUGGAUCCAAACUGAAUGAACAGUGGGAGGAGGACAGGGGGACCAAAAGGAAGGCCACAAGGGGGAGAGGGAGACCAAGAACCAUUGAAAAGAUGCAUGAGGGAGCUGCUUGCAAAGAGCUUGAUGAAUCAAACCUGAAUGAUUAAGUGCCAUCAAUAGAGACGGCUCUUUCUGAACUUUUAGAGUUGUUGGCCAAUUCAAAAUGUAGAUGAGGCUUUUGACCCGAUGCUAAAUUAACUGUUAGUUAUUGAGGAUUUGUCUGUCCCCCCCCCCCCCCCUAUAUUUUUUAC